AUGGAUUACGACACACUCAAAGAACAAUGGAGCGAGGUAGAAGACCGCGAUGGGGUGAGGCUUAGCUGGAACGUCCUCCCAAGCACACGCAUGGAGGCAUCUAGACUCGUGGUACCCAUUGGAGCUCUCUAUACACCACUCAAGGAAAAACCAGAGACGCCUUUGCUGCAUUUUGAGCCUGUCACUUGCAAGCAGCCUUGCCGCUCCGUUUUGAAUCCGUUCUGCUCUGUCGAUGUUCGAGCUCGACUAUGGAUCUGCCCGUUCUGCCUGUCGCGCAACCCCCUCCCACCUCACUAUAAGGACAUUACACAGAACGCGAUACCUCCCGAGCUCCAUCCCUCGAACACCACGAUCGAGUACAGGCUCUCACGCCCUGCCCCGAGCCCUCCAAUUUUUCUCUAUGUUGUUGACACAUGUCAAGAAGACGACAGUCUCUCUGCCCUGAAGGAGUCACUUGUUAUGAGUCUAGCAGAGCUGCCUCAGAAUGCGCUGGUUGGCUUGAUUACCUAUGGCACUAUGGCCCAAGUCCAUGAGAUCGGCUACAAUGAAUGUGCCAAAUCGUAUGUUUUCCGAGGGAGCAAAGAUUAUACAGCAAAACAAGUCCAGGAGAUGCUCGGUUUGCUGUCGCCUGCGGCCAGACCUGGCAUGCCACAGCAGCCUGGCCGCCCAACUCCUAGCGGGCCCGCCUCCAGGUUUCUGCUACCUGUCUCGCAGUGCGAGUUUCAGCUCACGAAAGCCCUCGAGCAGCUACAGAAGGAUCCAUGGCCGGUUGCGAAUGACCGUCGAAGCCUGAGGUGCAGUGGAGUAGCGCUCAGCGUGGCUGUAGGGCUUCUCGAGUCAUCUUUCCAAAAUGCUGGCGGUCGCAUCAUGCUAUUCGCUGGCGGUCCAGCGACGGAGGGACCCGGUAUGGUAGUUGGACCCGAACUGAGGGAGCCUAUUAGAUCUCACCACGACAUUGAUCGAGACAACAUCAAGUACUACAAAAAGGCGCUCAAGUUCUACGAUACACUAGCGAAGCGGACCGCACACAACGGCCAUAUCAUCGACAUAUUUGCCGGAUGUCUGGAUCAGGUCGGCUUGCUUGAGAUGAAGGGUCUUUGCAAUUCCACGGGAGGUCAUAUGAUUCUAACCGACAGCUUUACUUCGUCCAUGUUCAAGCAGUCCUUCAACCGGGUGUUCGAAAAAGACGGCGACGAUAACCUGGUCAUGGGCUUCAACGGCGUCCUGGAGGUUCUCACCACCAAGGAACUCAAGGUCACUGGCCUGAUUGGCCAUGCAGUAUCACUGAACAAGAAGUCGACAUCUGUCGGUGAGACUGAGUGUGGCAUUGGCAACACGUGCUCCUGGAAAAUGUGCGGAAUUGAUCCUAGUGCGAGUUACGGUGUCUAUUUCGAAAUCGCAAGCCAGGGGGGACCAACGCAACACCAGCAAGCGCCGCAAAAGGCCAUGAUUCAGUUCCUCACGUACUACCAGCAUGCGUCCGGUCAGUUCCAUCUUCGGGUAACGACCAUCGCUCGGAACCUCAGUGGCCCCGCUGGAGACCCAGCAAUUGCGCAGUCGUUCGAUCAAGAAGCUGCGGCGGUUCUCAUGUCCCGAAUUGCCGUGUUCAAAUCUGAAGUUGACGAUGGCCCGGAUGUGCUUCGGUGGGUCGACAGAAUGCUCAUCAGGCUUUGUUCACGCUUUGCCGAUUAUCGUAAGGACGACCCUUCUUCAUUCCGCCUGGAAAAGAACUUCACAUUAUACCCUCAGUUCAUGUUCCAUCUGAGAAGGAGUCAAUUCCUGCAGGUCUUCAACAACUCUCCUGACGAGACCGCAUUUUACCGCCACGUCCUCAACCACGAGGAUGUCAGCAACUCACUGGUUAUGAUUCAGCCCACCCUGGACUCUUACACCUUUGACCAAGACGGGGGCCAGCCUGUGCUUUUAGACUCAACAUCCAUCCAGGCAACCCACAUCCUUUUGCUGGAUACUUUCUUCCACAUCCUCAUCUUCCACGGCGAGACAGUCGCCGAAUGGCGUAAGGCAGGCUAUCAGGAUCAGGAAGGGUACGAGAACUUUGCAGGGUUACUGGAGCAGCCAAAGGAGGACGCCAGGGACAGAUUCCCAUUGCCGCGCUUCAUCGUUUGUGACGCUGGCGGCUCCCAGGCGCGAUUCCUGCUGUCCAAGCUCAACCCUUCGACAACACAUACGUCUGGAGCCUACGGUGGUGUUGGUGCCCAGACUGCCCAAACCAUUUUCACCGACGAUGUUUCUCUGCAAACAUUCAUGGAUCACCUAAUGAAACUUGCUGUCAGCGGCACUAAUUAG